AUGACCCCCAGGAGCUUCUUGCAGAGUUGGGCGGAAGAGAUCAAAUUCCAACUGGAACCUUCCCCUUCGUACUGGAGUAAAGUCAGGCUAAAAGCCGCUAUCCAUGAGAUCCUGUUCUCGAAUACGACAUCAAUCUACCGCAUCUUUGUCGAUGCAUUGGAAGCCUGUGAUAGCACCUUAGAGGAGUAUUUCGCUACCCAAUCCCUUGAUUUCCUCGAAUUCAUCGGGGAAACACUACGUGGAUCUGCCCAGGCUGGAGUGGAUGUUAGAAUCUGCCUCUCUAGGAGACACUAUCCUUACCAUGGGAAAGAGGAACCCGAAACCCUCAAUAUCAUAGUCGAAGAUAACAUCCAGCACAUAGUGGAGGAGUUCAUCAGGACAAAACUACAAGACAUCAAAGACAGAGGUGCCAGAGAGCUUGUGUUCCGUCGUUUGGCGAGACAUCGUAUUCGUGAGUUUUGUUGGCCUCAAAGAGUAAUCAACCAAGUCAGGGCAGCACACCUAUCCACUCAUAAUGGCAUCAUGAAGAUUGUCGAAAGGGAGUUUCUAGAGCUCGAACGCGGUGUCGGGUCCCCCGGUUACGGACACGAGAGCAUCGGGCUCGAAAAGGAUGCCUUGAAUGACCCUGAGACGAUUCAACUUCUGCAGCUCGCUACUGCAGCUCGCCUGCCAAUGGGCACCGAUGAGAUCAGACAUGCGCUGGCGUUUUCGGGCCCACGUGGUCCGAAAGACAUCAGAAAGUGGGAGAACUCGAAUGAUGCGUGGACACCAGGCGAAGCUUUCGAGGGAUACAUUCGACAGAAAUCUCACGGCCUUUUGGAAGUUCACUCUACCAUGGGAAACAAGAGGACGAUACGAUUCACUCAUCCAGCGGUAGAAGGACUGGUGCAAAAUUCGAGCAUCUCGGCCUCGAUUCAGCCAUCAGAGUGGAAACAACAGAGCCACUUUGCUCUACUGAAGCUCUGCUUUGGGGCUCUAGAACAGUGUGUAGACCUCUUUCUCAAAGAAGAAGUUACAUUCCCGUUCCUAGAAUACACGUUCGAGCACUGGGUGUACCAUGCAAGAAUGACCGGGAAGCUCAUUCACUUGAUAAAAAGACCUCCACGCUUUCUUGAUUCUUGCAUCAUCAAGAAAGCGGAAACGAUCAUCGAGCGUCACUUGGACUUUCUCCUGGAAUAUCAUGAGACAGAACUAGUGCAGCGAGAAGAGCUUGCACUCACUACAUUGAUAGCCUCUAACGACAGCAUACUAGUCCUGUUAGCAUCGCAUGGGUGUACUGAUGCAGUCGAACAUCAUCUGUCUCGUUGUAACCGUUGCAAAUCUGCGUCGCAGCAGCUCGGCGAAGGCCAAUACCGGAAAGCGAUCGACAACGCCAUCAUCGUAGGCUUCCCUGAGACCGCAAAGUGGUUGCUGGAAUACUACAGUGGGCGCGACGUUGAUAUCCAUCGGAUGGAGCAGACCUUGCUGUUCAGAGCAUGCUACGGAGGCUAUGUGGACGUGGUGGAUGUCCUAUUGGAGAAGGGUGCCAAUCCCACAGUACCAUCUUUAGUUCCUUACGACUUCCCCCUGCACGUUGCUAUCGAAUUUGCGCACGAGGAGUUGAUCCUCAAGCUCAUCGAUAACGCUGAAGAAGAGAUCCUUCGGGUUAAGUGCCAGCCCUUUGGCAAGACUGCACUCCACGUCGCUAUACAGAGUCGGAACCCACGCAAGCUGGAAGUCUUGCGAUGUUUGCUUGAUAAGAUUGCAGACAGAUUCCCUGACAUUGCGGAGGAGUUGGUGAACAUUCCCGACAAGGCCGGAAAAACCUCUCUACAACUAGUUCGGGAUGAAUGCGCCAGAGACGCUUCUGAUGCGGAUGACUUGAGGGAAGAGAUUGUCAUUUUCUUGGGUGGAAGAGACGACUGGUGCGAAGAUGAAAGAUAG